GAAGACGACGAAGAUAAGAAUGUCUGGACAAGAUAAAAUGCGCAGCAGGCCUUGAUUCAUCACCAUUCACAUUAUCACAUAUUACACUAACUCACCUCCCUCGCUAACCUGCGCACUUUCUCUUUGAUUAAGCUACUUCAAUGGCGGUUCCUCUGCAAUACUGCCGUUUCUCCUCCGUCACCGGCGUCUACUCCGCGGAGAACAAGCUCAUCAGCUGCCGGAAACCAAAUUCCGUCCGUUGCCACGCCGGAGAGCCGGCGGUGACUCUCGACUCUGAUUUCGACGCGAAAGUGUUCCGUAAAAACUUGACGAGAAGUGAUAAUUAUAAUCGGAAAGGUUUCGGCCGUAAAGAGGAGACUCUUGAGCUCAUGAACCGUGAAUACACCAGUGAUGUAAUCAAGAUAUUGAAGGAGAAUGGAUAUGAAUACACAUGGGGAAAUGUGACUGUAAAAUUAGCCGAGUCUUACGGUUUUUGUUGGGGAGUUGAACGAGCUGUUCAGAUUGCUUAUGAAGCCAGGACACAGUUCCCGGAUGAUAAGAUCUGGAUUACCAAUGAGAUUAUACAUAAUCCAACUGUUAAUAAGCGGUUAGAGGAUAUGGAAGUAAAAGAUAUCCCAAUCACGGAUGGCAAGAAGCAAUUUGAUGUUAUUGACAAGGGUGAUGUUGUGAUUUUGCCUGCUUUUGGAGCUGCUGUGGAUGAAAUGAUGGUCUUGAAUGACAAAAAUGUACAGAUAGUUGACACUACAUGCCCCUGGGUGUCUAAGGUAUGGAAUACUGUUGAAAAGCACAAGAAGGGAGAGUACAGUUCCAUCAUCCACGGUAAAUAUUCCCAUGAAGAGACCGUAGCUACUGCAUCUUUUGCAGGAACAUAUAUCAUUGUGAAGAACAUGGCAGAAGCAACAUAUGUAUGUGAUUACAUCCUUGGAGGACAACUUGACGGGUCCAGUUCAACCAAAGAAGCAUUCAUGGAGAAAUUUAAAUAUGCUGUAUCUAAGGGAUUUGAUCCGGAUAUUGACCUUGUGAAACUUGGAAUUGCCAAUCAAACUACCAUGCUGAAGGGAGAAACAGAGGAAAUCGGGAAAUUAGUAGAGAGGACUAUGAUGCGAAAAUAUGGAGUUGAAAAUGUCAACAACCACUUCAUGAGUUUCAAUACUAUUUGUGACGCUACACAAGAGAGGCAAGAUGCCAUGUAUAAACUGGUGGAUGAAAAGCUUGAUCUUAUGUUAGUGGUUGGGGGAUGGAACUCAAGCAACACAUCACAUCUACAAGAAAUUGCAGAGGAACGUGGAAUCCCAUCAUAUUGGAUUGACAGUGAGAAGAGAAUUGGUCCUGGAAAUAGAAUAAGUCACAAGCUAAUGCACGGGGAGCUGGUCGAGAAAGAAAACUGGCUACCAGAAGGUCCUAUCACAAUAGGUGUAACUUCCGGGGCAUCUACUCCUGACAAGGUUGUUGAAGAUGCGCUUAUCAGGGUAUUUGACAUCAAACGUGAAGAAGCCCUGCAAACGGCCUAGACUAUGCUUAGUACAAAUAGCCGCAUCAAAAGUUGAAGAGAAUGGGAACUAGACUGAAAGAUCUGCAUCUUCUGUAACUAGACAACACUACUAUUUACUUGAUGUACAGCAUGGUUUCAUUGAUCUGUUGUGUACUACUUCAACUAUGGGGUAUACUCGAUGCCCUUUAGAGUCUAUAGUAAAAUAUUGUUGUGAAA